AUGCAAAAUGUACUUCCCAUAUGGAGGAGGAAGAAACAACUGAUCAAUAAGACUGCACAGAGUGGGCAUUAUUUUCUUACCCACUUGGGAAAAAGGCUACUUAUCGAAAGUGCGCCGCAGACAGGCAGGGAGAACCGUGGCAUGGGUCCAGCCCAAGUGGUAUCCCAUUUGAGAGGCAGAAUGGACGGCGUCUCAACUGAAGAGAGGAAUAAAUGUAUUUCCCUAUUCUGCACUGCGAGGGGAUACCACACCGCUAAGGGUAUGCAAAAAUUGUGGCUGCAGCGAUCUGAAACAGAUAUGAAUUUUGAACAAAUCACACGCAUUUUGAAGUCCCUGGGGAGGGAAAAAACAACUUCGGAGGAGAAAAAAAACACAGAAAGAAAAGUCACCUUGCUACUACCACAUAUAUAUAAAGAAUGCGAAAGAAACUACAUCCACUUUUCGUGCAUUUUACACAACCUGAAUAAGUUAAGGGAUAAAUUAACCAAGGAGUAUAAGGAAGAGGUGUAUAUCAAAAUGGGGGAAUUAUUUCUUCGCAAUGUUAGUGUCUUUACCAUCAAAGAAAUGACGAUCAUAUUAAAAUGUUUGGUGGAGGAGAGAAAAGUGAAGUAUGACAAAAUGGUGCAGUUCUGCGCGUACAAAUUUAUGUACAUGUUAUGUAUGGACAUUUUACACAGAAUGAGAAAGGAGCCUUCGUUUAAUUUUCUCUUCCUUUCCGUCCUUUGCACACAUUUUAAGGGGUGCAUAGAGAAUUAUUUUUUCUCCAACGUGGGGAAUACCAACGGGGAGGAUGAAAUGGACCGUUUUUACCAAACCUUGCGUAGUCUACGAAGCAGCACUGUUCACGGAGUUGUUGCGAGUUGUUCAGAAAAUGGAUCUCCCAGACAUGGAAGCAACGUUUUCAACCUCCAUGACGUGUCUGCUUUUAUGUUUUUUUUGACGAGAUACAAAUCGGCUUGUUGUCCUAUGUACACAUUCCUAUCGCAUGUGUACGUGUCGGUGAGCUUCCUGGGGGAAAUGGUCCACCCUUUUCAUGCGAAGCUAGAACGUCACUUUUUGAAGUUCGAAAGAGGUCCGAAGUUUUGCUUUUCAGGGGGGACUCUCGCAGGGGGGACUGCUCCUACGGAGCAGCACAUGGACGAGAUCGACGAGGAGUACACACGUGAACGCCCCGACGAAGUGGAAGACUCGCAGAAUGACCUCACAUCAAUAUCAAAAGGAGAAAUAAUGCAAUAUAUCUCACGUUUAUUGCAGAGUGAGAACCGCUUCAACCGUACUCCUCCUUCACCUGUGCAGAGGAAGUGGAAUAAAGAAAGUGAGAUCACGCGGGAGAACGUCCACAGCAUGGCCGUCAUCAUCCAUAGUAGUGUCAAAGCAAAGGAGCGAAACGUAUUCACAUACGUCUUAGCAAAUUAUCUUCUACUAAAAUGUACAGAUUUUUUAAAUUUAAUCGACAUAUGCAACAUGUUCGAAUUGUUCAUUUUGGACAGAACAACUUUUGCAGGGGCCGAUGUGUAUGAUGCAUUUUUUGCAAAAAUCCGGCGGUUAAUCAUGGUUGAGGCGAGCAUAAAGACGAUGGCAAUAUUCUGCAUAAGCAGCGCACGACUGAGGGGAGAGCUGCGUGCAUCCUUCGUGGACAACAUCCUGGCGUUGUACCGAGUCAUUUUGCAGAAAGGAAGGGGGUUAUCUGUAAAAUACGCAAACAACAAUCGGAGAAAUCACAAAAAUUUGUCAUUCCCCUUUGGAAGAGAAAAUACCGUGAUUUUUGUUAAUGUGGGUAAUUUUCUGUCCAGCCAUAAAAUCAGUUCUCUGUUUUAUUUACUCUACUUGAGGAAGUUUAACGACUUUUUAAAUGCUUUACUUGUUCAUAAAAAAAAGGGCCAUUGUUGUGCCUCCCUGAUAAGCGUAAUUGAUAUGUUCGAUUUGCUCAAAAUAUUUGUCACGGUUUUUAAGAUGUACGAACAGAAUGGUCAUUAUGAAGGAAGACGAGGGGCGGAAAUUUCAAUACAUUUAGACAAUUCCUCUGAAUACUUGCUGCAAUUUUUGGAGGAUAUUUGCUUCGAAAAGAUAAUUUCUGUAGAGGAGCAUUUUUCGAAGGAUGGGCCACACGCCUAUGCGCAGGCGGAUCGUCUGAAGAGAAUAAAAAUUCUGAAUAGGUCAUGUUAUUUUUUCACAUUGUUACUCCCCAUGAUUAAAAAAUUGCAAAUGGGGAACAUCAUUAAUGACAGGACUGGGAAGUUACUAACCCGAGUUUUCACGUCUUUUAAAGGCAGCAUAAGCAAAAGUUACCAAGACGAACUUCUUAGCGGCAACUGCAAGAGCGGCCAAAGCAGCGGACGUUAUGUGCACGUUUGGAACUUUUUUUUUAUGUUGAAUGAUGCGCGUGCCAAGGGGUGA